AUGUGUCAAUAUGAUAAAUGUUCGACGAAUAGUGCAUGUGGAUGUUUUCGUAUGACAGCUGCUAAUGAUACUGGCAUUUGUGGUGUUCUUUGGCUGGCUUGUUCUCAACUUGUUGCAUGUGGUCCUCCAAACAAUGUUUGCUAUCAGCCUGGUCAUAUUUGUGUUCAUCAUCCUCGAUGUUUUAAUCAUUCUAUUUGUUAUCCGUUGUCGAUGACCGGGCAAAUCUGUCCACCAUUAUCAAGUAAGUGA